AUGCUGCUAAUCUGGACACUUUCGCUGCUGCUGGGAGCGGUAGCAGGAAAAGAGGUUUGCUUCCCAAGACUUGGCUGCUUCAGUGAUGAUUCCCCUGAUGAUUCCCCGUGGGCAGGAACUGUGGAAAGACCCCUCAAAAUAUUGCCGUGGUCUCCAAAAGAUGUCAACACCCACUUCCUCCUAUACACUAACGAGAACCCAAACGACUUUGAAGAAAUCGUUGCAGAUCCAUCAACUAUCAUGGCCUCCAACUUCAAAACGGAUAGAAAAACCCGCUUUAUUAUUCAUGGAUUCAUAGACAAAGGAGAAGAAAGCUGGCUUGCCAAUAUGUGCAAGAACUUUUUUCAGGUAGAAAGCGUGAACUGCUUCUGUGUGGACUGGAAAAGUGGCUCCCGAACUGGAUACACACAGGCCUCACAAAACAUCCGAAUUGUGGGGGCAGAAGUGGCAUAUUUUGUUGAAGUUCUUCAGUCAGCCUUUGGGUACUCGCCCUCCGAUGUCCACGUCAUCGGCCAUAGCCUGGGUGCCCACGCUGCUGGGGAGGCGGGAAGGAGGACCAACGGGACCAUUGGACGGAUCUCAGGGUUGGAUCCAGCUGAACCUUGCUUUGAGGGCACACCUGAAUUAGUCCGACUGGACCCCAGUGAUGCCAUGUUUGUGGAUGUGAUUCACACAGACAGUCUCCCUAUAAUCCCCUACAUGGGGUUUGGAAUGAGUCAAACCGUGGGCCACCUAGAUUUCUUUCCAAAUGGAGGAGAAGAAAUGCCUGGAUGUAAAAAGAACCUUGUCUCUCAGAUUGUUGACAUAAAUGGAAUCUGGGAAGGAACACGUGACUUUGUGGCCUGUAAUCACUUAAGAAGCUACAAGUAUUACUCGGACAGCAUCCUCAACCCCAGUGGCUUUGCUGGAUUCUCCUGUGCCUCUUACAAGGUUUUCUCUGCAAACAAGUGCUUCCCCUGUUCAAGUGAAGGCUGCCCACAGAUGGGUUUUUAUGCUGAUAGAUUUCCUGGGAAAACAAAUGGUGUGGGCCAGAAAUUCUAUUUAAACACUGGCGAGGCCAGCGAUUUUGCACGUUGGAGGUAUAAGGUAACUGUGACACUGUCCGGAAGGAAGGUCACAGGACAUGUGCUAGUUUCUUUGUUUGGAAAUAAAGGAAACUCUAAGCAGUAUGAAAUUUUCGAGGGCACUCUGAAAUCAGGCAAUACUUAUUCCAAUGAAUUUGACUCAGAUGUGGAUGUUGGAGAUGUACAGAAGGUUAAAUUUAUUUGGUACAACUAUGUGAUAAACCCAACCCUGCCCAGAGUGGGAGCAUCUCAGGUCAAGGUGGAAAGAAAUGAUGGAAAAGAGUUCAACUUCUGUAGUCAAGAAACCGUGAGAGAAAACGUUCUGCUCACUCUCAGCCUAUGUUAGGAGCCACUGAUACAUGACCGUGGAGUCUUACUACUAAUAAAGUCUC